GCUUCUCAAGAACAUUUGAGUCGAGUGAAACACUCGAAUUGCGAUCGAGGAAAAGCGAGAACAUCGUACUCUCGACGACCGUACAACGGCUCUUUUGCUUUUACUGAAUUGGCCAUCCUUGCGAAACCGCGCUGAUGAAAAUUCGCUUCUCUAUCUUCACUUCUCAGGACUACCUCUCAGGUCCGCCCAAGCCCCCCGGGGUACUGACUCACCGCUUCAUACUGACCAAAUUCUAGACCAUCUGUGGAGAGCCCUGUCAGCUUAAGAGCUAACCCCUGUCCGACCGUGAAGCCUGAUAUCCUACCUAACUCUUCCGUCAACACCUUCCACCAAAGAUGUUCGCCUCGUUGGCCGCCCGCCUCCCGAACGCCUUGGGCCAUGCUGCCCCAAGGGCUCACCUCCGCCUUGCGGGCCAGGCUCGCCUCCUCAGCAGGCUGGCUGUGGACGGGAGCAAGGGCAGAGCCAUGCCGAUGACCAAUAGGAGGGCCACUGCUGCUGCGUCUGGCGUCGACGCUACCUUGACUAUCAGGGACGGCCCCGUCUUCCACGGCACGGCUUACGGCGCCAACUCGAACAUCUCGGGCGAGGCCGUCUUUACGACCUCGCUCGUGGGAUACCCCGAAUCCAUGACGGACCCCUCCUACCGCGGCCAGAUCCUGGUCUUCACCCAGCCCUUGAUUGGCAACUACGGCGUGCCCUCGAACGAGCGCGACGAGUACAACCUCCUCAAGUACUUCGAGUCGCCCCAUAUUCAGUGCGCCGGUGUCGUCGUUGCCGACGUGGCUGAGAAGUACAGCCAUUGGACGGCCGUCGAGAGCCUGAGCGAGUGGUGCGCCCGUGAGGGUGUCCCCGUCAUCUCCGGCGUCGACACUCGUGCCAUCGUCACGUACCUGCGUGAGCAGGGCUCCUCCCUCGCCAGGAUCUCAAUUGGUGACGAAUACGAUGCCGACGAGGACGAAGGCUUCGUCGACCCUGGUGCCAUCAACCUGGUCAAGCGUGUGAGCACCAAGGCUCCGUUUGUCGAGAACAUCCUGCGCAGCCUGGUCAGCCGCGGUGUUUCGGUCACUGUCUUCCCUUACAACUACCCGAUCCACAAGGUUGCCGACAACUUUGAUGGCGUUUUCAUUUCCAACGGCCCGGGUGACCCGACUCACUGCCAGGAAACCGUCUACAACCUGGCCCGCCUGAUGGAGACUUCGUCGGUUCCCAUCAUGGGUAUCUGCCUCGGCCACCAGCUGCUCGCUCUCGCCGUCGGUGCCCGGACUAUCAAGCUCAAGUACGGCAACCGCGCCCACAACAUUCCGGCCCUCGACUUGACCACUGGCCAGUGCCACAUUACGAGCCAGAACCACGGUUAUGCCGUUGACGCCAGCACUCUGCCAAGCGAGUUCAAGGAGUACUUUGUCAAUCUGAACGAUGGUAGCAAUGAGGGAAUGAUGCACAAGACCCGCCCCAUCUUCUCGACCCAAUUCCACCCCGAGGCUAAGGGCGGCCCGAUGGACAGCUCGUACCUGUUUGACAAGUACCUUGAGAACGUGCAGAUGUACAAGGACAACGCCAAGGUCUACCGUGACAACCGGCCUUCGCAGCUGAUGAUCGACAUCCUCAGCAAGGAGCGUGUCGGUGUCGAGCCUUCGCCUUUGGUUGCGAAUGCUGCUUGAGUCUUCUGGGUUGACGCACUUGCAUCGUUUGGUCGUGGGUCUGGGUCGUUAGUAUUGAUCUUCCUUGGCUGAUGGUUUUUGAGACAUUUUGUCUCUGGAGUAUGCGGAGGGGGGGGGGGGGGGCCGUGUCGAGGGUCUUGGGUUGUUUGAUGGGUGAGGGUUGUUAAUUUGAUCGGACAUUGCCACAUCAUCGUUUCACACAGAUUGGAAUUCAAAAGUGCCUUCGCGCAUGGCCCGUUUCUAGCUUUUCAUCUUGUUGUGGGUGACAUCCCAGCAAUGCCCGCUACUUACGGUUGGUUGUUCCACGUAGUGAAAGGUACAUGUAACGCAGCAGAGACCUUGGUGUCAACGGUAGGGAAUCUAUUCCGCAGUUCACUUGUU